AUGAAUCGAUUAUUUGGAGGUGGGAAAAACAAAGGCCCUUCGGCCACCAAUCUCCAGGCACAGAAAUCCAAACAGAUUGAGAGCCUGCGAAAAGUCGGGGCCGUGGAAAUAAUUAGGGAUGUAGAGUACAGAGUUAUAUUUCAUCAAGGCAGUGCCAGUUUGACAAUUUUGAUAAAUCUACCAUCACAGUUCCCUAGUGAAAAACCAGUGAUUACGGUCCAGCCGGCAGUCACUCAUCCAUGGGUGGAUUCUCAGAUGAAAGUUGUGGGCUGCCCAAAUAUUAAUAAUUUCUCCAUGCAUUCAGAUUUAGGCCAGGCUGUGCAGGCUGUGUUAGAGGAGUUUAAGAAGACACCCCCAGCAAUUGUGCCUCAGCAUUAUAUUUUAGGCUUCAACAAUCCAACAAUAGGAUCAGCCGUGACCCCGUCACAGCCUCCUCUGGCAAGUUAUCCGGGUCAACCGUCGUACCCUUUCCCUGGGAGUCAGCCACAUGUGGUCCCUCCUCCCCUGCCCCCUCGACGAGCUCCAGCUUUGGGGGCAGCGGGUGAGAUGGGGUCCGAGUCGUCGGCGCUGGGGUCUUUUUCAGUUCCAAAUAUUUUAUCUGAGUUUCCAGCUCUGAAAGAUAUGAAAUUAUAUGAACUUCAAGAACUAAUGGAAGAUGAAGAUAAAAUUACAGAGAUGGUUCAGAAAGUUCCAGACCUUGUGAAGUUUGUUCAGAAAAGGGAAAGUCUUUCAUCCGAAUGUGUUCAGUUAGCAAAGGCUAACCUAUCCAAGAAGCCCGAGAUUGAGUGUCUGAAAGAAACUGUGAUAAAAAAGAAUGCAGAACUAGAUCAGCUGCAGGCUGACUUUGAGAAUCUGUGUGAACAUCAUCUGACACUGUCAGAUCAGUUCCAUCCCUCACAUAUACAAACCAACCUCAAGGUCGCCGUCAUGGAGGCAGACGAGGAGUCUGAGAAAAUAGCGGAACAGUUUUUAGACCAAGAAAUGGACGUUGAUGAGUUUAUGAGAAGUUUCCUAGACAAACGAACUCUGUGUCACUUGAGGAGAGCCAAAGAGGAAAAACUCAACCAGAUUAUAAUGUCUCAAGGUCUCCAUUUUUGA